ACACCCUUCUCUCUUUACACCCUCUUCCUCCCUCCUCCAAGUCGACAAUGGCGGCAACACCUCCAAUGUGUCGGUGCGUUGUACCGGCGGUUCUUCGAACCUCGUGGGCUGAUGCCAACCCCGGAAGAUGGUUCUUCGGCUGCGCCAAUUAUCGGGGUGUAAAUGCAUGCAAUUAUUUCUAUUGGAUCGAUCCACCACUUAGAAGAUAACAUUAAGCGCCUUGUUCUUGCAUUGCACAAGAGAAUCCGAGAGGUGGAGAGGAGGAACAAUCACAGCUCAUUUGUUAGAGAAAUGAGCAAAAGUUUUUUUAUUGUGGUUGGAACUCUAUUGGCUAAGAGUGUGAUUGAUUACCUGUUUGGGAACAUGUAAUGAGAUGAGAACCUGUUUAGGAUGAUUUAUCAAUUGGAAACCUGUUUUGGAUUAUGUAAUGAAUUUGG